AUGAGCUGCGGACGCGUCAAGCAUUUGCGGCAAAACUGCGAGCCAGCAGACACUUCAAUUGCAGCUGCCCCGUGGACGCGCGCGUUUUGUUUGUGUUGUGUUUGUGUGUGUUGCUGUUUGUGUAAUUGGUGUGAAUUUUAUAAAUAAAUCGCGUGGCGUGAAAGUGAAAUGCGUUGCAAGCAGCAUAACUAAGCACAAGUGGAUGCCACACAGCAUAAACGAGACGCAAUUAAGUGAAAAAUUUCUAAAAAAAAAAAACUAAAGCAAGUCAGGUUUUUGUUGUUGUUUAUCUAUUGAAAGCGACGCCGACGUCGACGUCGACGCUGACGCCGCUCAACUGGAAGGCGCGGCAGCAUCAAACCGAAACCUGAAACUGAAAUUGAGCGAAAAACAACAACAAGAACAACAAAAGCUACGUCCUUGAGCUCAUAAUUAAAACACCUGUUCAAGCGCAACAACAACAGCAACAAGAGCAUUUACUCUCUCUCUCUCUCUCUCUCUCUCUCUUCUAACUCUCUUCCUCUGAACAACAACAAAAGAGAGUGAGAUGAAUAAUUUCACAACGACAACGGCCGCCGUGCCCAAAAAGGAUGCGCUGCCUCGAUCGGGGCAUGUUACAGAGGUUUGCAAGGAAUGGCUCGUGCGUGAGGACGGCGCCCUGGCCUACAAGCUGCAGUCCCAGGAGAUUAACGACUUUUAUAAGGGCAAUCGCUAUAGGAACGCGGUGGUGCGCGAAGAUUUCCCCACGGCUCUGCAUGAGCAAAUCAAGGAAACAGAACAGGCCCAGCGUCAGGUGGAGGCCUACAGGAGACGCCUCACCGAACAGGAGGAGCACGAUAAACGCAUUGCCAAAGAAAUUGCCGACAAGCUGGAACGCGAUCUGCAGGAACAGCAGCAAAAGGAGCUGCAGCAAAGCGAGCUAAUAGCACAGAAAAUGCAGGAAAUCUAUGUGAAUCUGCCGCCCGUGCCUCCGCCAGCAACGCGGGACAAGAGCCGCCCGCCGCCGCGACCAGCCAAAGCAAGUAUACGCCAGCAACAGCAACAGCUGCAACAGCACGAACCCAAUGGCAGCCUUGAGCCCAGCACCUCACAGCAAGCUAGAUAUCUCAGUCAGCAGCAGCAACCGUUGCAGCUGCAGCAGCAACACUUUUCACAAACAGACAACUAUGUAGGACUCUCGCUUAUACCAAAUAUUGUUGAUAUGCCAGCAGCAGCAACAACACACAGUAGACUACACCCAACACAUGCACCGCCCAAACAGCUGUUGGUGAGUGAUGCUGAACACGCGCCAACAACAGCAGCAACAGCAACAGCAAUAACUACGGCACAGCAACAGUCACGCCAGCAACACGCACAUCAAUCAGCACGUCGCCUAGCACCAGCUCCAUCCACAUUGCACAGCACCACCUCAUCCCAGCACACGACACCUACACACAUCAAUCAUGAUGAGCUGGUGGAUUAUGCCGAUGUUGCUGACAGCAUACGCGGCCUGUCAGCAGCAACAGCAGCCGCUGCAGCAGCAACAGCAGCAACUAUUGGUGAUGCGGCCAUGCCGCCACGUUCAGCCUCACACGAGAACUUACUGCGUACCGAACCCAAAUUUCAGAAAUUAUCGCCGGAGAAGUACGAUCAAAUGGUGGGCAACUUUGCGCUGGGCAAUGCGAAGGCCGCCGAGCGGCACAUGCAACAGCAUGCCGAUGACAUUGAGCUAUAUGUGGAUCCCUGCGAUUAUGCGAGCCUGCGCGAAAUUGGUUUGCCGCCGGAGGAGUUGCACGAGCUGAGCAAGAAGCUCAAGCAGGAGCAGAAGGAUGAGCUGUUGGCGCGUCGCCUGCAGGCCAUCGAGAGCAAGGAUAGCGUGCGGCAGGAGAUACGCGAUCGCAUGCUGGCCAUCGAGGCGCAGGACAAGGAACUGGCCAAGAUGCUGCAAGAGCGCGAGAAAGCCAAAAUGAAGCGCGCCAAGGAGAAGGCGCGCCUGCGCAAAUCGCAGCAGAAGGAGUCUGGAGCUGGCGGCGGCGCUGGCAACGGGGUGAACAGCCUGCUUUGCGGCACGAACGGCUCACAUUGCGGCCCGCUGCUGGCGCUGCCACAGGACUGCCUGUCCGCCGCACAAGCGCCAGCCGACAUCGAUGUGGAGGCCUAUUCGAAUCCCAUAGAUGUGCUCAACAGCAGCCGCGAGCAGCGCCAGCCCAAUGGCACCCUGACCAAUGGCAGUCUCGGGCGGGACAGCGGCUCCUCGCACGGCGGCUCGAUGCAGCGGCAACAGCGACAGGCGGCGGCGGCGGCGGCAGCCAGCAGUCUGACACGCGGCGAGGAUGACAUCUAUACGCUGCCCGUGGACAGCUGUCGGCCGGGCGGACACGGCGCUCAGCGGCCCAUCUCACUGCACCUGGCCGCGGAGUCCGUGCAGCAGCACAAUUCCAUGACGCGUUCGGAGCACUUUGGCUCGGAGGCGGGCUCCCAUGACAGCACGCUGUCCAGCGGCCACGAUGUCGGACCGCAUCUCAAGUACUCCAAGUCCGGCAACUUUGGUAUAUAUAUCAAAGCGCCAGCCCCACGCCGCCUUAUAUGCCAAUUCAGGGUACGCGCCGAUCGAAUUCAAGUGAAGAUCGUAAAAAGAAACUGAAGGACAACAAGUGCACGCAUCAGUGAAGGAAGCAGCUGCCCAACCUUUGCUUUAUCUACUAUAAUUAAUUAAUUUCUUCGAAAACAAUGCAAUUGUUCAGCUCACAUCAACUUUCAUAGAAAUAAACUUAGCUUUUGCAUUAGCUUUAUUCUAAUGCCUGUUGUGCAUGGUAUCAGUUAAUAGAUAACAGAUAAAGAUAACAGAUAACUCAGUUAUGAGUUCACAAUAAAUGUUUGUUAAUAAGUCAAUUGAAUGAGUUGUGUUUCGUGUUGGCUGAAAGCAUCAGUUGUAACUAGAACAUAAGAAUGAAGCCCAAUUGAGCGGAACUGUAAACAUAAGGCUACAAGACUUUUGUCGCUGCUUGACGCUUGCGAUUCUCAAUCAGUUCAAGCUGCGAAAAGCACACAAGCCAUUUGCAUUUCUCGAGUCAAGUGCAAAAGUCCAAUAUGUUAUCAGACCCGGAAGAUUCGAGAGAUGCAGACAAACAGCUCCGUUUUUAAUUUUUAUAUCUUUUCAAUAAAUUAAAAAACCCUUUGUAGCCAAAUAAUAUACAUUCUGAGAAGCAAGAUAGAACUUCUUGAAAAGUAUAACAAGUUUUUUCUAUAUAAGAAAAUUCGUUUUUAAAAGACUUUUUAGAGUGAUUCGAUAUUGAUAAGAUUUGUCAGCAUAUCGAAAUUACUCAAUUCCAAUUCUUUAAAUAUAUAUAUAAAAAAAACAAACGUUUUUGUGACAGCUUUAAGAUGGAAAGACAGACGUACCGGAAGAUAUAGGUAUAUUAAGUCAACUGCCGACAUGAAUCAAGAAUAAUUAUACCUUUUGCCUGAUGCGGCUAUGUCUAGAUGUGUUUGGGAUAAGCUCGCUCAAUUCAAGAGGAAAGAGAUUAAAUGUACCAAGAUAUGUUUCAUGUGUCUUGCAAAGGCAGAUCUCCUGCAAGGCUUUAGGAUAUCUACGGUACGGUGAAGACUUACCCUUGGAGAUGUGAACAAUACGGAUAGACGAACAAUUCUAUAUCUUUUUCAACUCGGUUGUUGAUGCUAAUAUGAAAUAUAUAUAUACUUUAUGAAGUUGGAGAUAACUUCUUCUAUGCGUUACAAAUUGCAGGAACCUUAAAUAUUAAUAUUGAAUUAUAAUGUAGACUUCU